AUGGCCAGUGGAGAACAACCAGCUGAUGAGCGUAACAUUGAAAUAAAAGCACGCGUUGGUUCUGAUGAAGAAUUUACGCGUCGUGUUGAAAUUGCCCGAAAAUUAACGGAAUCCGAAGGUGAAACAAUUGUUCAACGUGAUGUCUUCUUUAAUUCACAAAGUGGUCGCCUUAAGCUGCGUUAUUUACAACCUCCGGCCAAAUCUCAAUUAGUUUACUAUGAUCGCCCGGAUGUGACUGGUCCAAAAUUAUCAAGAUUUAAUAAAAUCGAAGUAGAUGAACCUGAAGUUUUGGAGAAAAUCCUAACAUUGAGUAAUGGCGCCAAGGGUAUAGUGGCCAAAACCAGAUAUUUGUUUAUGUACGGUCGAACCCGCAUCCAUUUGGAUAAAGUUGAGAAAUUGGGAAAUUUUAUGGAAUUUGAGGUAUGCCUUUUGCCGGAGCAGACGAUCGAAGAGGGUCAGGCGGUGGCCGAUAAGCUAAUCAAGGAAUUUGGUAUACAGGAAGCUGAUCUGAUGACUGGUGCAUAUUUUGAUGAAUUGAAAUCCUAA